AUGUUGUUGUUAGCAUUGAGUGAUGCACACAUUCCUGAUAGAGCGACUGAUUUACCUCUAAAAUUCAAAAAAUUACUAAGCGUUCCUGACAAAAUAUCUCAGGUGGCUUUAUUAGGUAAUAGUACAAAGUCUUAUGACUUUUUGAAGUUUGUCAACCAGAUAUCCAAUAAUGUAACAAUCGUAAGAGGAGAGUUUGAUAAUGGGCACUUGCCAAGUACAAAGAAGGAUAGAGCGUCGGAUAGCAUUAGACCAAUGGAAGAAAUUCCCAUGAAUAGUAUAAUAAGGCAAGGUGCUUUGAAAAUUGGUUGUUGUAGCGGUUAUACUGUAGUGCCCAAAAAUGACCCCUUAUCCUUAUUAGCAUUAGCACGCCAGUUGGAUGUAGACAUUUUAUUAUGGGGUGGUACUCAUAACGUUGAAGCUUAUACCUUGGAGGGGAAGUUUUUCGUUAAUCCAGGCAGCUGUACGGGAGCUUUUAAUACGGAUUGGCCAAUUGUCUUUGAUGUUGAAGAUAGCGAUGAAGCUGUGACAGCAGAGGUGGAAAAACCCACUAAGGAGAAUGAGCCGGAGGAUGAUGGUGCCAAGAGUGGAUCAACAGAAAAAGAACAACCUGGUUCUGACAUGGCUAAAAAGGGUACAGCUGAAGAGCGCGAUAGUGAGAGUGACGUAAAGCCAGAAAACCAGUUUAAAGAAGACGAGGUUAAUAUAUCAGAUUUGGACGUAAAUGGAUCUAAUUCACCAAGUUUUUGUCUCUUAGAUAUUCAAGGCAAUAUCUGUACGUUAUACAUCUAUCUGUACGUCGACGGAGAAGUAAAAGUCGAUAAAGUGGUUUAUGAGAAAGAGUAG